GUGGUGGCUGAGGCGCGUCGUCCCCAUGCGCGGAGCGCAGCCUGCGCGGCUGGCGCCCCGCCCCAUUUACGGAGCCCGGCGCUCGCCGGCCUCGCGGAGAGUGCUCCGGGCCGUCGUUCGCCCGAGCACCGCCACGAACUCUGGCCGCCAGAACGCCGUGUCCUUGUGCUGUCAGUCCGGAGUCUCCGCACGUCGGCCGGCGCCGCGCAGCCCCACGUCGAGAGCCGGUGCAUCGCCGCAGCGCGCGGAACACCAGCCCCUCGGGCCGGCAGGCGUCUUGGCACCUUAAGGUCCCCGCGCGCCCCGGGCCCAGCACGGUCCUCGUGUCCCGCGGCCCCAACACCCCAAGGUCCCCGGGGACCCAGCACCUCAAAGACCCCUGGGCCUCAGCUCCCCAGAGUCCCCUGGGCCCCAGCUCUCCAAAGUCGUCGCGCGUCCCGGGACCCCUCCAAGCAGGCCAGGCCCCAAGCACUCCUGUUGUGCGCGCUCCUGCACGCCGGGCGAUACUGACUCAUUCGUGUGGAUUUGGGACUCCUACCUCAUGUGAUUGGAUUGUUCCUGUGGUCCUGUGCCUGUUCCAUUAAGAGCCCUUCAUCUUCCUUGGAGUCAUUCAUUGCAUUUUAAACUCCAGAGAGACAGCCCUGAAGAAUUCAUGGAAAUGGAUCAGCAUCAUUAAGUCAGAGCUAUAACCCUGUGUUUUAGCUCAUAUCUGAUGGCUUGAGACUGCUGAUGUCCAGUGUUCUGGAAAUCCAGUGCCCAUAGAUGUGGACCAAGGAAGAGCCCCGACCAUGGUCACUCUUAUCACAGAGAAGCUGCAGAACCAGAGUUUGGAUGACCUUACCCGAAGGGCCCGUGAGGCUGGCCCGUAUUCUGCUGAGAAACUGAACAAAAGUGGCCCUUUGUUCCCUUUGGAGAUUGGCGUGGACAAAAGUCCUUGGAAGGCCUUACAUGGAGGAUGGCCCAUUGGAAGCCAGGCGGCCUCAGGCCCCUUCCCACUGGGCCCACUUGGUGUGUCUCACACCGAAGGUCUCAAAUGGCAGCUGGCAUCUCCAGGGCCUACGGAAAUGGGCAGCUUCUUGGACUUCCAUGAGAGCACAGGGCCACCUGCAGCACCACCGACCAAGCGACACUGCCGGUCCCUGUCAGAACCAGAGGAGCUGGCUCGAUGCCGCUCCCCAUGGCGCCCUGGUAACUCCAGGGUGUGGACUCCCAUCUCUAAGAGGAGAUGCAACAGUGGUGGGAGUGCCACACUGCAGAGCUGCAGUGGCCUCGGGAACCCUACCCUGCAGGCAAGUCUAGGCCCAGGCCUACCCAGGAGUCCUGUAUCACCUGCUGGCCCUACCUCACCGCUGACACCCCGGCCAGCUUCCGCCAGCAGUGGCUUUGUGGAUGGCAGUGAGGGCAAUACAAGCUCAGGUCCACCUUGGCUUUCUGCAGGACCCUGUCCGUUUUCCUCCAGGCGCCGACUGUCUCUCUCACAAGAGCACCUUGUAGAUGCAAGCACUUGCCUGCCUUCAGCCAGCAGCACCCCCACAUCCACACCUGAGCUAGGCCGACACCAUGGCCUGCUCCGGUGCCGGUCACAGCCUUGCGUAUUGGAUGGGAGGAGGGUCCGGCGCAAGCGGAGACGGGAGGAGGAUGCCAGGUGGACGCGCCCAUCCUUGGACUUUCUGAAAAUGACACGGACUUUAAAGAACUCAAAGAGCCUUUGCUCCCUGGACUAUGAAGAUGAUGAGGACGACACCCAGGCGAAGACUGUUGUGUCCUCCCCAUGUACCUCGCAGGGCCUUGUGGGCAUCAUUACACCUGGCUCUAGCCCAAGGAUUCCCAGGCCUGGCCCUACCAGCCCCAGUGCCUGGGCUUCGGGGGAGCCAGAGGCCAGCACAGGAGAGGGUGGGAGCAGUGGGGAACCCAGUGACUGGGACAGUGCAGAAGAGGAGGGUGUCUUCCCACUGGACCACAGUGACCUGGACCUGGAGCAGAUCGAGAACAACUGACUGGGGGCUGAGCAGUGGUUGCUGUCUGUCACCUUGGUGCCUGACCAGUGGAAAUAACUUGUGUGUUAUUUUGAAAAUUGAGGCGUAAUUUUGAUUCAGUUUUUCCUAAAGAAGUAUUUUGCAUUUUUAUGGCUUCUACAGUUUGGGAGAGCUUCUCUAUUUUGGAAUGGGUUUUCAGAGGGCAUUCUAUUAAACAUGGUUCUGCCUGGA